UUGUCAUUGCCCCGCCCCUUUCUCUUUUCACUGGGAGUUGAAUCAGCUCACUCACGGUGGCGGCACGCAGAGUCCAGCUGGGACGACUGACAAACUGACUCGAACCACUCCUGAGACCUCAGGAGGUGUGCGGGUGCGACGACAUCUUACGUCACGUGGGCCCACGAGCACUCGCUGCAUCUGUCACGGGACGGCAGGGAGCGAGAGUUUCUUCAACAGGCAAGUUAAAAAAAAAAAAAAAGACGCCCUCCCUAAGUCUCAACUUCAAGUGGAUAAAACUGAUACUAAGAAGAACGAAACAACGCGUACACGUUGGGAAGUUUUAUCCGCAGCGGCCUAUGAGGAAACGAGAGAAAACCGGAUCCGGAAAACUGUCAAACUGUCAAACAAACUGACGCCCAGGUUGACCAUGGCCCAGUGGAGUCGCAUCAGCCAGCUGAUACAGUACCUGCCUGACGAGACCAUCAACGACUUCUACCCUACAGUCACCUUUGCUAUUGAAGUGCGACACUUUUUGUCUGAGUGGAUUGAGAAGCAAAGAUGGGAGGAUUUUGCCCUUGAGAACGUGGAGCAGGAAGCAAAUGCCCGCGCUCUUUUGGACGAGAUCAUCAUGCUGCUACAGUCGUCGUCUCAGCAAAAUGCUAACGUGGUGGAUAAAAUGAAGCUGAUGCAGAUUAGCAAGAACAUGAGCAUGUUUCAGCAUCAGCCGCUGCAGUUUGCAGUGAUGGUGAGGGACACGCUUCGCAAAGAGAGGGUCCUGCUCAGGGCUAUGCCGCAAGUAAACAACCCACAACAGCAUCAACAGUAUAUCACCAGAGAAUCUGCAUUUCCCAGCAUGCAGGAGGUGGACCACCUGGUUCUCAAAGUACUGGAGGUACAGGACUUACGACAAAACAUACACCAGGUGCAGGAAGAGCUCAACUGGGAAAGGCAGAACUAUGAGUCUUUGCAAGGAACCAUGGAUACCACGGUGUCGGAAGUCACCAGACUGCAAAACCACAUCCAGCAGCUGGAGUAUAAUUUCAACACAAUGGCAACUAAGCGUUUUCAGUUGCUUCGUGAGUGUGUGGACUGUCUGGACCAGUGUCAGACGCAACUCCUCAGCAGGCUGAAGGCCUGGAGAGGGGAGCAGUACAAGGCAACCAUUGGACAUCCUUUUAAUGACAACCUCAAUGUCCUGCAGAUGUGGUGUGAGCAGCUUCUUGGUGUGAAUGGGAAGCUGAGACAGGAAUUAAUGCUGAUCGUCGACCCAAUCCCAGAGCUGCAGGAAAGGCUCGGGCAACUACUGCAGCUUCUGAUUCAAAGCUCUCUUGUGGUGGACAAGCAGCCACCUCAGGUUAUUAAGACUCAGUCCAAGUUCUCCACAACUGUGCGCUACCUGCUAGGAGAGAAGGUAGCACCCGGGAAGCCCGUGGUGGUAAGGGCACAAAUCAUUAAUGAACUCCAGGCCAGAAGCCUGAACAUCACACCCAGUGACAAUGUUGGGGAAGUGAUCAAUAACACAGCCAUCCUUGAGCAUAACACAACCAGCAAGAGCACAUGUGCCACCUUCAGGAAUAUGUCCAUCAAGAAGAUCAAGCGAGCAGACAGAAAGGGAUCCGAGUCUGUGACUGAAGAAAAAUUUGCCCUCCUCUUCUCAACAGAGAUCACCAUCACAGGUUGUGACACUGCCUACAGAAUCCAGAUUAUCUCAUUGCCGGUCGUCGUCAUUGUCCAUGGCAGCCAAGACAACAAUGCGCUGGCAACAAUCAUAUGGGAUUGUGCUUUUUCUGAGCCAGACAGACUACCGUUUGUGGUGCCGGAGCGUGUGCCAUGGAAGCUCAUGUGCAGCACUCUCAACAGUAAAUUCACCUCAGAGGUCCCGACGCAUCACAACCUCGACCACUACAACCAACACUUCCUGGCCCAGAAGAUAUUUGACAAACCAGACUUCAACGAUGACUUCAGCAACAUGAUGGUUUCCUGGACUCAGUUUAAUAAGGAAGUCCUCCCAGGUCGACUGUUUACGUUCUGGCAGUGGUUUGAGGGAGUGAUAGACCUGACAAAAAAACACCUGAGGACAUACUGGAGUGAUGGGCUCAUAUUUGGUUUCAUUGGCAAGCAGCAUCUACAUCUGAUUCUUAAAGAGAGGCCCAACGGAACAUUCUUGCUGCGCUUUAGCGACUCUGAGAUUGGAGGCAUCACCAUCGCUUAUGUGGGUGCGGCGGAGAUGGGUGAACACAAACAGAUCAUCAAGAAUAUCCAGCCCUUCACCAAGAGAGAUCUGGACAUCCGGAGCCUUGGCGACCGCAUCCGAGAUAUCAGUGACAUCACAUUCCUCUACCCUGACUUUCCUAAACAUGACGUUUUCAAAAUGUACUAUUCAGAGCCCCAAACAUCCACCAGUGGUGGCUACAUCCCAGUAUCACUCCAUACUAAAGUGGGCAUGGAGACUGGCUCACUUGCAACUAAUGUUACCAGUGUGGCACAUCAUACUGAAAGCCACCACAAUGCUGCCAUAUAUCAAGUGCCUCAGUUCCAGCAGUUCACUCCUCAAGAAGCUAUCACACGAGAGCAAAUGGAAACCUCGGAUUCGCCCGCAGUAGAAUUUAGUCCAGACCCCGCUGUCUUCAGUGACGAGGCCACAGGGGACAUGGACCUCGUCUUGAAUAGUCUUCUGAACUUUCCUUGAAGAUCCAUUCUACGUGCCUCGUUUUCCCUUUGAGCGACAUUCAGAACGCGACAGGUUCAACACAAGUCGUGAUUUUUUUCAGAACAUAUAUCCCAGGUGAUUUGAUUUUGACUUCUUCGCGUGUCCACUUUAGCAACAUUUAUUACUGUAUACAACUUGUGUCCCUUUUGAAAAUAUCAUGGCAGUGAAAUUUAUUUUAAGAUGUUUAAGGAAAAAACAAUGUUUGAAUUUCCACCCUGUUGUCCACGCUAGCAUGUAAACCACUGCUCGCAGACAGAUUCAAUCAGUACUAGCUGAACUGAAUUUGGUUCUAGAUAUGUGAAUGAGAUGUUGUGUGAAAGGUGGUAGCUUUAGCUUAAUUCAUUCAUCCACUCAAAGCUGUAUUUCUAAAUAAUGUGUUCAUAUUGGAAAAAUGACCAAUUAUUUGUGAAAAGUAAUUUCUACUUGAGUUCCAAAGUAAAGCUUUCUUAAACAAAUACUUGUAUAAAGGAGCAAAAGUAGUAACCUUAGCAUUUAGGUUUGGAUGUAGGCCAUCAAUCAAGGCAAUUAUAGUGUAUUGCAGCCAUAAAAGUCCAAGUUAAUGAUUAUUUGCUAAAAACAAAGCUUAUCAGUUUGAACAUUAAAUAGUGUCUUUGUAGUGUAUUCAAUUAAAUAUAGCUUGAACAUGAAUUGCAAAUCAUUGUAUUCUGUUUUUAUUUAUGUUUAACACAACGUCCCAACUUCAUUGGAAUUGGGGUUGUAUUAUAGGACCAGUUUAAUAUAAAGCACAGUUAGAUACAAUAUACAUAAGUAGGGGUUCCUACUCCAGCUUUCCAUUUUGGGUCCUUGGCCUUGAAAUUGUUGAAGUCCCCUGAUGUAAACCAUUAAAAAUAAAUAUAAUAUAUAUAUAUAUAUAUAUAUAUAUAGAGAGAGAGAGAGAGAGAGAGAGAGAGAGAGAGAGAGAGAGAGAGAGAGAGAGAGAGAGAGAGAGAGAGAGAUUGGCAUCGGCUUAGAAAAGCAACAAGUUAUCGGUAUCAAUGAAAAACUGUUAUCGUCCAUCCCUAAUUUUUAAUAUAUGGUCCUCCGCAUCGUCGUUUGAACCACCUAAAUAUUGUCAGGCACAUUGUUUUUUUUCUGCUCCAAUAUAACUCAUGGACUUGUAUCAUCUGGAAAACAAUGUCAGCUAUUCUGUUGUUAGCAUUUGCCAAAAAUGGUAAUGCUAUGCUAAUGAGGCUUAAUGACUAUCAAGCUGUAUGUCUGUUUUACAAGAACAGUGUGCAUUAGCCAGAGCUGGGCGUGAGUCAGUCUCAAGUCAUAACUUUGAAGUCUCAAGUCACUGUGGGGGAAGAAAAAGGUUUAAGCAAGUCAAGUUACUUGGUUUAAGCAAAUCAAGUCAUAAAGUCUUGCUCCAGUCGCAACAAUAUUGGAGUGGUAAUUAAAAAAACAUAAAAAAUCACAAUCCCCCCCCCAAUAAAUCGUAACACUAAAAAACGUAUUCACACCCCAGCAGAUGACAUUUUAAUGGUGAAACUUCAAUAAACAUGUUCAGUAGUGUGAAAACUAUAUUCACACGAAGCUACUCACAAUUUGUACUGUACUUACUAAUAGUGGAACUCACUUUUGUCAAUAUUUUUAUCGCCGUGAUUGUGACGCAAAGUAAUUCCAUAUAGCAGGCCUAUACCGCAAACGUCUCCACACUUGUAUUUGUUUUAAAUCACAACGCUAGCAAUGCUGCUUUCACUUCUCCUGCUUUCUUCGGUUGGCAUUAUAUUUUAGAGACUACUUUCUGCUCAAGAGUGCAUGAGAGAGCGAGAAAAAGAUUGAGUUUUGCGUGCCUAUCUGAACCAAAACGAAAGGUUUGGUCAGAUAUCAUAAACCGUCCCAGCCCUAGUUACUGUACGUUACUUAGCUGUACUAAAACGUUCACAAUAACAUCCUUUUUAUUUUUAAUCGUCACAAAACCAGUCUAUGAAACUUAAUGCUUGACCAGCUUGUUAAACUGUUAAAUUAGUUUACCUGUCUUUGUGAGUUUUGUAGUGACAGAUGAAGUUUGACAUCAUUGUUGUUGUGUCUUUAAUGCGCGAGUUGCAAGCCAUUCAGGUUACCAUCCUCUUUUUACAGACUUAAUCGACAACAUAAAAUCCUUAAAUCCAAAUUGUAUUAUCUUUGGCACGCCUUCCAUUGUUGUUCAUGCAGGUGGCUGCGUCACAUCGGCAAGUACGCAACAACACAGACUGUUUUGCCAGGUUGGCGCAAAUGUUUCCCCCAAAACGUUUACUUAAAAAAAUACAUUUUUUUGGAACCAUCUCUGGUGUUGGCUUCCAUUUUUUACUUGUUUUGCCUCAUUUCCUUGUGCCACUUUUUUUAUGAUUGAUGUAACCAUCAAAGGCAUACUGCAAACCAUUAUGCCUGCAGCUGUGUAAAACAAAUAUAUUGCAAGGAUAGUGGAAGUGACAUGUUGUCAGACAUAACAAUUUAGCAGCAAAUAGUACCACAAAAAUGUGUCUGAGUGACUGCUAUAUAUAAGCUGCGACCAUUUAAUUAAAAAAUCUGAACUUUGGUUUAUAAGAUAUAAGCUAAACUUCAGCAGUUUUAAUAGUAUCUACAGAGCAGAUAAUAUAGGGCUGUGAAUAUUGUAAGUAACUGGUUUGAUGUUUUAAAAUCCCCACCAAUAGCGAUGAUGCUAAUUUCAGCUAGCAUUUCGCAUUUUGUUAGCAUUAAGCUAGGGGACGUAUGUUUAUGUUAGGCUAUAAUAUUCGUGAUGCUGUGUUGAAAAUCGUACUUCGAAUGAAUAUUUAUUCAAAUAAAAAGCUUGAAGCAAGAACACCUUGCUUGUUAUUUGGUGAACUGCUAGUGAUAUGCUGAAUUAAACAAUGCAUGUUCAGGUAGGGUCCAAUAAAUACAAAUACGAGAGGAAACAAAAGCUGCCAACCUUAAUGUGGGAAAUAAGCGAGUGGAAAGCACAAAGUAACACAGAAGUGAAAGUGCCACAACAAAAUACGCACGUCAAAUCAUAUUUUCGACAUGAGGGUGUACAUGUGAGCAGAACAGAUUUUCAAACCGAUCAGAAUGCUUCAGUGUGUGCAGAUUUGAUUUUUAAAAAAGUGAACACUUAAAACUUCAACAUCAAGCUAAUUGAAGAAUUAAUGAACACUAAACGAUUUAGUAAGUUAAGAAGAAGCUAAAAAUAGACGAGCACGUGGUGUUCUUGGGUCGAGGAACUAGGUUUAGGUACUAACUUUACAGUAAUUGUUCCAUACCUUUCAUAAGAACGUCUUGUGUUCGUGUGCUUUACAUAUUAAAUUGUUGUGUUCUUUUCAACAGUAGAUAAACAGGCAAGAAGAAAAGAUGGCAGACACGAGUGUUAGGGAGCGGGGGACAUAAAACCAAUCAGUGCCAUUGAAUUGUGCAGACAUGCCUGAACUGUGAGCAUAUCGCCGUGUCAAUUGCUGCUUUGCAUCGCUUCCACCUGCCCAAGAGAACACAAUUGCAUCACGGGGUGUAUAUGAUGAUUACUGUAUUAUUAGCUUCAAGAAUCCUCAAACGUCGUUUAAAAAAAAAAAAAAAAAAAAAAAAAAGACAACUUUACACUGUACAUCACAACAAAAACAAAAAAAGAAAAACAAAUCCGAACAUGUCACUAAAAUCUACUCAACCAGCUGCUUAUCAGGGAAACCACACAAGAAAAGAAAAAGCAGAAAGCUGCUUACAUGUCUGGUCAAUGUCACAAUGUUAUUAAUGUGAUCAACAUUCAACAUAACAUUGACCACGCAACUUUCAAGCCAGCACACCUCAUACACUCUUGUUUUUAUGAGUCCUGACCUCCAUGCUGAUGUCACGCAACAGCAGCCUGUGUCUGUGCUCUAACUGCUCACCUUUGACAAAAACAAGGAAAUGCAAACCAACAGUCUAAAAUUUGAAAGGGGAUCAAAUUUACAUGUAAUAUAGGCCUUUUUUCUUAGUUUCUUAGUUAUACACACCUGCUUAUCAACCAUGGAGCAAGUGUUAAAUUCACAAUGAUGAUCUGUAGCUUCGCUGUGUAAUAACCAACAAUAAUUUUCCUUUUGAUUUGGCUAAAGGGAUUUGGAGAUCCAUGCUUUUUUUUUUAUUGGACAGCCACAAUAUCAAUGUGUGCGUGUUGUGUGCGUUCCAAUACUCCAAAAUAAGGCCUCAAUUAUUGGUAAAGAAAUAUUCCUUAUGGCAUCUUUGGCAUUUCAUCUGUCCAAUAAAAAGCAUGGAUCUCCACAUUGUUUUUUUUAAAUCCAAAAAACACCAACAAUGAAAAAAAGGAAAAUAAACACACAUGCUUCGCAUUGAACAGUGACUAUUUGUAAAUGUUACAUUGUUGCAUCAGCACCCUUAUUGAAAAUAAGUUUGGAUGAUUUAAAAUUAGGUUACACAUGGAUCAAUGAAGUAAAAGGUUUUUUUUUUUGUUUGUUUUUUUUAAAGAGAAAUUGAAAACAAGCACAAAAGCAUACAUGCACACACAUACACAGACAAAAAGCAUUCUCUGACACACACUUUAAAAAAAUGGAAUUCAUUCUGGUGAAGUACAAUACAUGUUAAGCGGAGCAAAGCAAAUGGCAAAAUCGUGGCGGCUGAAAAAGGAAAAGCAUGCUGAAGUCUAUGGUAGCUUCACUCCUAGCAAAAAAAAAAAAAAAAAAAAAAAAAAAACGAGAAAAGAAAGAAGGUGACUUGGUCUGAAGCCUUCAUCUUUGUUCUGCAGUCCAAAAAGGGGGCAAGAGGCCCAGUUCUUGUGUCAGAACAAGGGUUGAAAUGGAAAGAGGGGUUUGACGAGCACCUCGCUGUUCGUCUGCGGCCUUAUAGCGCUUGCGUUUUGAGCUCCAUGGGCUCUCUGGUCUCCUGCUGACCCUCGGCCUCUGGGGGCCGAAUGCCCUUCAGUGUGGCGAGCCUCUCGGAGAGGCCACGCAUUCGUGGAAAGAGUAUGAAGUCAUAGAGCAGAGCGCCAACAGCGCCGCCAAUCAAAGGCCCCACCCAGUACACCUGCCGGGAACAAAGAAAAGAAAAUGUGUUCUGCUGUGGUGCACAUUGGUGAAUUCAAAAUACAUUAGGAAUUACUAAUUCAUCUAAGCACACCUUUGCGGACCUUAAUGUGUGGGCUGGGAGUGGCAAACGAAACCGUUUGCACAAAAACUGCAUACAAUUGCCCAGGUGGUAAAAGAAAUUGGGGGAGCUUCAAGGUGUAUAGUGCAGGAUCAUUCAAAAUUGGUCACAAUCGAACAAAAUCUGAGGUCGAUUCAAAAUGUCAGAAAAUGGGGAAAAUUGUUGAUCAUUUUUCUUAAGUCUGAUCUCCAUGAAUGUCUUGUUUUUCUGAAAACAGAGAUCAUUUGUUUGCUUUCAUGGGGGACUAAGGAAAUCAGAAAGUAUUCACAUUUGAUUGAAAUCAGGAUUUCGACUUUUAAAAAUAUUUAAAACGUGGCUCACAAACGACACUUCCUUUCCAUUUUGUGUGCAAUAAGCAGCUGGUGACAACCAUAUUUUACUGCAUUUUUGUGUUCGGUCUUGCCAUUAGUCAUUUGAGUAACGAGAAAUAACUAAAUUAGUUAUAAAAGCAUUUGAAUGGAAGAAGAGUUGUGUCUCUUCCACUUUAUGAAAUAAAUUAAUGCCACCACUUUAGACACUGCAAGGACAGCAUGUCAGGAAUCCCCCACAUCGGGCCCUUACUAGUUGUUGCUGGCUAUUAGGGGGCCCAGAAAGAUGGCUGAUAUUGGUCCAUAUCAACGACAACUGGAAACCCCUGUAAACUACCUACCGGGGGGGUCUCCAUGCUCCUUCUUGCCAGGGAACCCUAGGGUGGUCUAGUACCACCCCUGGUUUCCACAAUCACCUCUAUUUUGAUCUGUUUGUAAUUAACAUUUAAAGACAAGCUUAAAAGCAGCCCAAAUACAAUCAUCGCAUUUGAACAAUUUUAACGCUUGUGGCAAAAUUUAAUGUCGGUAGACUUUUUUAAACAUCAAUCCCAAUGACUUGCUACUAAAAGAUUUUGCCUUUAACCUUGCUGGCGUUAGCUUAGCAGGUUAGCAAAAACCAUGAUUUUCUCUUUUUUUUCUCAGGAUGCUGUGCCAUCCCUGAAUUGCCUCACAUUCAAGCCAAUCAAUAUAAUUUAUUUGGACAGUAUAUAGUAUAACGCAAUAAAUGCUGUAGGCCAGUGACAUCAAAAGUACGGCCCGACGGGGUCCAAUCGGGCCUGCGGGCAUUGUUCUGCUCGUCAGGACAAUUACAUUUAAAUUCAUUUAAACAUACUCUAUUUUGAAACUCGAGCUUUUAUUUUGACCCAAGCGCUGUAGAACCGGAAGUGCUGUGAGUUGCGUGACAUGACGCACGAACCCGAGAGAGAGAAAAGAUCCGCGCGGCGGGGCACAUCUUCAAUCCAUAUGCAGUAAGAGAGUGAGACUGUGUGAGAUUGUGAAGCAGCGCCUAUAUAUGUUAAUAUAUAUGGGUGUUUAUUUGAUUACGGGCCUUUUUGUGUCCUUGAUGUAAAAUUGAAAGAAAAAAUAUAUUUAACUAGAUUUUUUUCAAUAUCCAGCAGUGGACGUGCCUAAUAAUAAGCGUUGUGUAAAAUUUCAAUUAUGGUGGUAUUUUACUGUUUUCACCCUGUCCCCUAGCACAGGGUUUGGAUAAUGAAGCUCUAUCUUUCUACUAAAAAAAUGCUAAAAUGGUGUAACUUUUAGCUUAAAUUCCUUAAAAUAUAAUAGAAUUAAUGAUUUCUCAUCAUAUAUACAAAACAUUUCAAAUUUUUACUAAAAUAUGUCAGUCCCAUUACCACCACAAUGGCCAUUUUCAAAUCAAUAAAGUUUUUUUCAAAAUCUGAUUCUUUAAUUCUCUGUGUCAUUUUGUCGUCACUCAAGCACAUGCUAGGGCAGACAGAAGUCAGACAUUUUGAUAACUGGAAGAGUAAGUAUUUUCCUCAUUUGUACCCUUAAGUCACAUAAUAUUUGUAUUGCAUGUCAUUACCAAACGACUUGUAGUGUUAAUAUGUUUAAAGAUUUUCCUGUAAAAACCUGAUAAUCAUAUAAAAAUGUUGUGCAGGACUAGCUAGCUAAAAGGAAAAUUUAAGCUAACUACCAGCAUAGCACAGCUAGCUAAAAACUUGUCAUUACCAAUUCAUGUCAUCACAUAGUGCAGUGUGGUGGUGAUGACAGAAACGAAAAUCAAAAGUGCCCGAAAUCAAAUAAAUACAUAUAUAUCAUAUAUUGUUUGAUAAGCAAUUUCACUUGCAAUUGUGUACAAGUGCAGUUAAAAACGAGUUUGAGACAUGGGUUUAUUAAAGCUAGGAUAAAAAUGGUUGGGUUACGUCAGACAAAUGAAUCAUGUGAGUGACUCGCUGUGGCGGUGGCGACCCCCGACAGGGAAAACCUGCAAGUCACUUCUUUAGUGAGACGUAGGCUACAAGCUAAUUUUAUGCAUGCUAAUAGUUGGAGAUUACUUGCUAAUUGAUUGUGCAGACUAAUGCUAACCUCAUAUAGAUUCAUUGUUUGUGUUUUCAACUUUUUAUGGCAAGCUACUGGGUGACUGUUAAAUUAACAGCUAAUUUAAGUUUCUAUUUUGCACAUACUGUGGAUAUGUAUGUCCUCAAUAGACUUGGCUAAUACAUUUAGUUUGUCUUGAUUUCUUUAGUUAGAGUCUGUCAAUCUGCCUGAUUUAAAUUUCCAAGGUCGGGUGAUAACUGCACUUUCAUUCUCAAAAGUUCCCACUUUAGUUUGUAUGGUGUGAUGAGUCAAUUGAGCCUUUCAAGAUUUCCAGAUGGAUGUGGAAAUGUAAGUACAUUUUAAAAUAUUUCUAAAUAAAAUGUUUUAUAAAAGGUACAUACAGUUUAUAGAUCUACUCUUAUGUGUCUUGCAACUGAGAAUAAAAACUGAUUCAUAAUGUUGAAAUUGCACACAUUUUUGUUGUAUUUGAGAUUGCUCAUAUGAUUUGAAACUAGGCUUUACACAAUCAGGAUUUUUGUGUCCGAUCACCAAUCAGAGAGUUUAAAAAAACGAUAACCGAUCACCGAUCCGAUCACAAGAUGGAGGAAUGUGUCUAUUUAAAUGACUUGUUCAUUUACUGUAUAUACUUGUGUACUUAAUAGCUCCAAAAAUUAUAUUUACCAUAAAUAAUGUAUCUUUGUUCCUCUAUUUAUGCCAGUG